AUGCGGGGGCGGCCCUCUCUGGCGGGUGAAUUUCAGGGGUUUGAUGGACACGAAAGCGAGUGGCGCCAUCUUCCCUUCGAACGAAAAACACUUCAUCAUCUUCGACGGUUAUUUUACAACGGUAGAACAGAUUUAUGGUGGCGAUAACCAACAAGGAUUGCCCAUGGAUACUUUGUCUAGAGCUUGAGGUCAAAAUACGUUGAGUUUUGGUGCUGUGCUGCAGGAAUUCGUUGGCCGAAAGCCGUCCAUUGUUCGUGUAUUGUUGGUUCUUGUGGCGUGAGCGUUGAGACCUGAAAGUAGGCACGGCCAAGUCGGAAAUUCCAGCCUAGAAAGACUCAUUUCAAGCCAGCAGACACGUAUUUUGUAGAGAAAAAGACCACUUUUACUCUCUGACAGCUCUGCGGUCUUCCCCGUUUUCGUCAAGACUGGGAUUCAGAGAAAGACUGUACAAGAACUGCUUCUUAGUGGGCUUUACUGAUCUAAAUUUUCAGUGGUUGGAAUUACGCAUGUCGCCAUCUUAACGGAACCAAACACAGGGCGGGUAUUUUAUGUGGUAAUCGCCAAAGUACGAGUCUUAUCGAGAAGAAGACUAAUUUCAAAACAUUCUCAGGGAAGGAGAACAAGGACUUUAACCACUAGGCAAAAAUCAAACUCGGGAAUCGUCUGCAAAAACUUCCGAAGUUUUGAGUUCGUUAUCGUUUCGAAAAGCAAGCGUCUUUCGCGUACAGGAAAGAAGCCUUGAUCACGAAAAUCCCAGUGGUCCUUUUGGAUGACGAUGGACCUGGGUUUUUACAGAAUAUGAAGAUUUGAAGAAGUUUCUGCAAUGUCCUGAUUUAUUUUGUGUGAGAAAAUGGUUAGUAUUCGAGAGUUGAUCGACAAUCUGAGAGCAACGAAACCUCCGUACGAGUGUCCUUUGUGCCAAAAAUUCUACAAGAGCUACAGUGGAAUUGAAUAUCAUUUACUGAAUUUCAAACACGAUGGAACGGACGUUCCACAACCUCCUCCGAGUUCUUCUAAGAAGAGCAAAGGUCGGGGGAGAAGAAGCGCUAAAAACAAAAAGCCGCCACCAUCUCCCCCGCAAGUUGUAGUACGGGAAACGCUAACUUACGCUCAAGCACAACAAAUAGUUGAAGUCGAAUUCGAGGGCCAUCCGCAAAGAAUUCACAUCACAGAUAGGCUAGGAGUCGUCGAGGAAACUGAGAGCAAAGAGCCUGAUCGAAUUGAGGAUUCGGAAGAACCACCUCCACAAAAACCCGUCUCUAAGUCCACCAAGUCUAAAAACAAAAACAAAACGAAACAAACCCCCGCGAAAAAGACCGAACUCCCGUUAGCGGUUUACUGCGAGGCGGACGAGGCUUUCUGCUUGCCCGAUGCACCAGCGAGACCUACUACAUAUUUUCGAUUUAUCGAGCAAACCACUGAGGAAAUGGACGAAAUGGUGGAAUAUGACAUGGACGAGGAGGAUUACGCUUGGCUUGAUUUCGUCAACGACAAGCGUAAAGCCGAUAGCAUCGCGCCAGUCUCCCAGGAGGUGUUUGAGACCCUGAUGGAUAGGCUAGAAAAGGAGUCCUACUUUGAGAGUCAAACAACCUGUGACCCUAACCAGUACAUUGACGAGGAUGCAGUAUGCUGUAUAUGCAAUGACGGAGAGUGUCAGAACAGCAAUGUCAUCCUGUUCUGCGAUAUGUGCAACCUAGCAGUGCACCAGGAGUGUUAUGGGGUGCCAUACAUCCCCGAGGGCCAGUGGCUGUGUAGGAGGUGCUUGCAGUCACCCUCUAGAGUCGUAGACUGUGUCCUGUGUCCUAACAAGACAGGGGCGUUCAAGCAGACAGACGAUGGUAGAUGGGGGCAUGUUUCAUGUGCGCUUUGGAUACCUGAGGUGUGCUUUGCGAACACUGUUUUUCUAGAGCCUAUAGACUCAAUCGACAACAUCCCCUCUGCUCGGUGGAAACUGACUUGUUACAUCUGCAAGCGCCGCCAGGGUGCAUGUAUUCAGUGCUUCAAAACCAAUUGCUACACUGCAUUUCAUGUGACUUGUGCACAACAGGCUGGGCUGUACAUGAAGAUUGAACCAGUUAAGGGUGAAAAUGGCCAUAUAACAGUGCGCAAAAAUGCCUUCUGUGACAUUCACUCACCCAACAGCUCAGAGGAGAAUGAAGGUGAGGAGCGAUCAGAGGAAGAAAAAACUAAAGAGGUGAAAAGCAAAGCUGCAGUGAAAACUGGGAAGACUAAUAAACGUAGUAUCAAGAAGUUCCGUAAGCUGCUUUCUGAGAAGAAAACAAUGCCUGUUCCAGUUGUGAAUAUUCCAUUCAUUCCAGCCCACAGGCUUGGUAAGAUUGUGAGCCGUGUGGCCAUGGCCAAGAAAGCACAGUUUGUUCACGCGUUACAGAGUUACUGGAUGUUAAAGCGUCAAUCAAGGAAUGGUGUACCACUCUUGCGUCGUUUGCAGGCCACUCACCUGAGUCAGAAAGGGACCGGAGAUGAGUCAAGCGAGAGAUCAGAAAGAAUCCGUGCCAUGAAGGAGCAACUUCACUUCUGGCAGAGACUGAGGCACGACCUUGAGAGAGCACGUCUACUUGUAGAGCUCAUACGCAAAAGAGAAAAGCUAAAGAGAGAGCAUGUGAAAGUGAAGCAGCAUGUUGUAGACCUGAAACUGCAACCACUGAACAUAGUGCUUCGAAAAACCUUAGAUCAAGUCCAGACCAAAGAUCCUGGAGAAAUCUUCAGUGACCCUGUAGACACAAAUGAGGUUUUGGACUAUCUGGAUGUGAUCAAACAACCCAUGGAUUUCUCCACCAUGAGAUCACGGAUAGACUCCAACUUCUACCACACCAUCGAGCAGUUUGAGGCUGACUUUAACCUGAUCAUUGAGAACUGCAUGGCUUACAAUGCACAGGACACCAUCUACUACAGAGCCGCACUCAAGCUCAGGGACCAGGGAAGGCCCAUCAUCCGCGCUGCCCGUCGGCAGAUUGAGAGGGCUGGCAUUGAUCCCGUCACAGGCCUGCACACCAAGGAAGCUCCUACACUAGCUGACAGGGAGCCUACUGAAGAAGAUUUUAUUCUCACUGAGGAACAGAGAAAAGACAUGACGCUGGAAGAGCAGCUCAAAGAUCUGAUGGACAAACUAGACAUGACACAAGCCAUCAAGCAUGGAGGUGUCAGAGCAAACAGGGUAAGGACAUUGAGAAGGGAGAUUGCCCUUGUAAAGCGUAAACUGAACCAGGAAAAGAGGUGCUUCUCAGAAUCAAGUGUUGGGGGUAGUGAUGGGCGAACACCUAUUGCGUCACCCAGAGAGCAUUCCCACGGGGAUGUCCCGCCCAACAAGAAGUUGCGACUCGACACGGCUAUAGACCAUGCCGAUCACCCAAACAGUGUAGACGCUGCGGACGUAGACAUGGAGCAGUCAGGCAACUCCACGGCAACAGCCACCACUAACCCCAGCCCCGGCACCAGUAGACGGAGUGGCAUCCUCUUUAACAAGGGACGCAGCCGGGUCCGGCGUAACCUCACUGCCAACAACGAGCCGCCGCUACCAGGACUUGUCAACCACGUGCUACAGCCUGUCAAUCAUGAGAAAAACAAUGGGGACGUUUUGUGCACAGAGUCUCAAGUCACGCAAAACCACUUCACCGACGUCACGCGACAGCCGAUCGACAGCUAUUCGGACGAUAAGAACGCCAGCCUGUUCAAGGAGUUGAACGCCAAGUGGCAUCGCGGGGAUAGCAUCACGGGCGGGGAUAAUUGCUUCGUGUCCAGUAGGAGACCUUAUAAGACGGAACUCGGUAAACUGAUCGAGGACGCCACGCUUCCGAUGUACGACACGCACUCGGACAAACAGACGUUCGCCUUCACCAAUGGUCUGCGGCAACGCAACUACCGAUCGUACACGAGUGGCUCCGAGUCCGACACGGCAGAGGUCCGAGCGAACGGCGGGCGGCAGAAGCGAAAGCCGAGACUGUUCUCGUCGGUGUCGGAGGACGAACUCAGUACGACGGACACCGAGAAUGGAUCGGCGGAGAAUCGCCUCAUGAACGGACAAAUGGAGGACGCGUUGAAGAAGCGGCGCGCUCGUAAGUCGACAAUCGAUUCCGAGGCAGACCUGGCGCCUCUGCAACCCCUGGAUCUUGUGUGGGCGAAAUGUCGCGGGUACCCUUCAUACCCUGCACUCAUCAUCAACCCCAAGACCAAGAAGGGGUUCAUCUAUAACGGCAUCCCCAUCCCGGUCCCCCCUGAGGACGUGAUGCGAGAGAAGGCUUCCGCCGACGACACUCUCUACCUCGUGCUAUUCUUCGACACUAGACGGACCUGGCAGUGGCUUCCGCGGCACAAGCUGGAGCCCCUGGGGGUAGACAUGAGUCGUGACGAGUGCAAGCUGCUCGAGGGACGCAAGACAUCCAUGCGCAAGUCCCUACAGCAGGCGUACGAGCGCGCCAUCGUGCACCGAAACCAGGUAGCCGCGGGAGCAGGACUUAGCUUCGACGGCGACGACCCCGACGACCAGGACAACAUCAGCGAGAACGGAUUCGACUGACCUCCACUCUACCGCCAGAGAUGUAGUCACGCAACGCACACGUCACACAACACUCGCGUGACUCGAUCUCUGGCAGUUGGGGCGACGUUUAAAGAAGUGUACAUAGAAAUUAAUACAUGGGGGACGCUUAUUAUGCCGGACAGCUGGUACCGGUUGAGUAUCUCUAGAUACUCAGUCGGUAGACCGUCUGUCCGGGGCUAAGUACGAUGACUAAAAUUCACCCAACGUUGCGUAUCGUAGUUUUAAUAGACCUCAAUCACCACAGAUAUCAUGAUUUUAACGCUAGCCUUCGAGCAGUUCGCCUGUGCGCUUUUUCUUCUUUCAAUUUGAAAUUGGUUUUACUUUGUCAAAAUUUAAAAGUGUUUGCACGUGAAAUUCAAGUGGUGGUGGUUGUUUUUAUAUGCAAAGUAUCCUCCUGUGACGACUCUCAUAGCAUUUUAUUCAUUUGGUAGAUUAUAUAACACUCUGCUAGCUUCAGACACUUUAUCGAUUUACUACAGAAUUCGACUCUCAAUUUUAACAAGAAAGAGGAACAAAAAAAGGUUGUGUGAGGGUAAGGGAAGCCAACUUGGCAGUACUUAUAAGGAGGAGGUGGCGGGGUGUUCUAUGAUUUACACCCGAUUCAAUUUACCGCGAUUUCACGUUGAGUUGUAUGGCUCUUAUGUAUAUAUGAUUGUAUGCUGUCGUCAUCAAAUGAAUAAGACUGGAUUUUUAGAAAAAAGUGCGGUCCUGAAUGUAUUUAAAGCCCGGCCAGCGACGCGUUUAGCGUAUUUUUGUGAAUGUGUUUUUUUUAUAUCAAGCUAGUGUUUCAUAACAGCACAUUGUGUUGUCACAGAAUUCAGACUUACUUAUUCUGUAUACCUUCUUGUUAACGGAAUAAAAUGAUCGUUUGCAGUC